AUGUUUUCUGUUUCUCGAGCUAGUCGCGCUUGUUUAUUUUGUAAACAGUAUACCUCAAGAUUUUACGCUUCAUCAACUAAUAAGGGCAAGUCGAAACUUGUAACAACAUCCAAGAAAGCACCUAUCGGAAAUCCUCAAGGACCUGUUUCGUCUGUUGAAGAGGAAGGAGUACCCAAAAAGGACUAUAAAAGUCGUAUAGAGUCCUUUCUGGAAGAGUUGGACGCAUCCAGUAAACCACCUGGACUCGACGAUUUAAAAGCAUUACAGCCAUCCCAACCCAGUGGACCUGGAUCAUCAACAUACUCUCAAGAGUAUAAUGAUGCAGUGAAAAAACGCGCUCUUGUUCGAAUACUUAUGGAGAAGUCCUGGGGAUGGGUUCCACCUGAAGUGAUCAAACGGGAAAAGGCGCACCAGCAGGAUAUGGAAAUAAGAC